AUGAGAGUGCCAUGCAAAUCAUGGCUUCUCCUAUUUCUUUAUCACAUUUAUAUAACUACCGCUCAGGAUGAGGCAAUCACCCUACCAAAGGUGGUCGAAACAUGUAACGGUAUCUUCUUACAAUACACCUUCGAUUCACGACAAAAAGAGUACCCACAUGUCAAAAACGCGACAGCGCAAUCGUGGGCGUUCAAAUCACAAUUAAUAGUCGUUAACACAGGCACAACCGAGUUGAAAUCAUGGGAAGCGUUUAUCGGUUUUCAGCAUGACGAGAUCUUGGUGUCUGUUGAUGGUGCAACGGUUCUUAAUGGUGAUAGUUUUCCAAUGAAGGUGGAUAAAAAUGGGACGCGUAUGACUGGGUAUCCGCAGGCGGAUAUGAAGACCGCCAUUGAUACUGCUAACGAUUUAGCGCAGAUGUCCGCUAAGGUUAAGAUCAAGGGGACCAUGUUUGGAGUGAAGAUUGGCGGGAACGUUAUGCCGAAGAAUAUUAAGAUUUUAAACGAAGGGUUUAAGUGUCCUAAAGCUACAACCAAAGACAAAUUGAUGCAUGUAUGUUGCACAAAAGAUCCUAAAUACAAAAAGAAGAAAAAGACAGCACUCAAGUUCUUCCCUCGUCAAAAAGCCGAUCUCUCCAUAUUAUACGACGUUAAGCAGGCGUAUAAAAGCAGUUAUCAAGCUGAAGUAACCAUCCAGAACCACCACCCCCUCGGCCGCCUCGACCACUGGAACUUAACCUUCGAAUGGAUGCGAAACGAGUUCAUAUACGACAUGCGUGGUGCCUUCACUCGUCGCAGAGAUGCUUCCGAAUGCCUCUACAGUGCCGCGGGACAAUACUACCAAGACCUUGAUUUUUCCAAUGUCAUGAACUGUCAAAAAAAACCUGUAAUUUCCGACCUCCCACCGACCAUGAAAGACGACGAAAAGGUCGGAAAAUUACCAUACUGUUGCCGUAACGGAAGCAUACUUCCGAAAAUCAUGAACCCAAUGAAAGACAGAUCGGUUUUUCAGAUGAAUGUUUGGAAACUUCCUCCUGAUAUGAACCGAACCGCAAUCAACCCACCACAGAAUUGGAAAAUCGAAGGGUUUGUUAACCCGCAUUACAGAUGUGGGCAACCCGUUCGGAUCGACCCGACAGAAAAACCCGACCCGAGCGGGGUUGAAGCCGUAGUCACCGCAAUAGCUACUUAUCAAGUGGCUUGUAAUAUAACAAAACCAAAGCGGAAAAUGGCACAAUGUUGUGUGUCAUUUUCGGCUUAUUACGCCGCAUCAGUCGUCCCAUGCAACACGUGUGCAUGCGGUUGCGAGGAUGAAGAUACGAGAAAAUGUGCCGAGGACGCACCAGCGCUUCCACUUCCUGCGGAAGCGCUGUUGGUCCCGUUUGCUAACAGAACUAUUAAAGCAAGGGCGUGGGCGAAAAUCAAGCAUUUUGAUUUACCAAGAAAGUUACCGUGCCCGGAUAACUGUCCGGUGAGUUUGAACUGGCAUGUUGAUAGUGAUUAUAAAACCGGGUGGACCGCGCGGGUGACGAUGUUUAACUGGAACCGACGGCCAUUUGAGGACUGGUUCAUGGCUGUUCAUAUGAAGCGGGCGUUCGUAGGGUUUGAAAAUGUUUAUUCAUUUAACGGAACGAAAUUGCCAAAGGUGAACAAGACGAUUUUUAUGCAGGGGUUGCCCGGUUUGAACUACUUGGUCGGGUUGAAGAACGGGUCGAAAAAAGGAGAACCUCCAGUGCCCGGAAAGCAACAAUCAGUGAUAUCGUUUUUGAAGAAACGUACACCGAGAAUACGAGUAGCACGUGGAGAUGGGUUUCCGACAAGGGUCGUGUUUAACGGUGGAGAAUGUGCAUUGCCUAGAAGAUUGCCAAAACGUUCUGAUGGACGUCGCAGAUCCCCAAUCGGGUUGUUUCCAGCUGGUCUUGUUGCGUAUGUGACGUUUAUUGUGAUUAGUUAUUAUCUUCCGUUACACACAUAAAUGUAGUUUGUAAAAGGAUUAUGAUCUUCCAGUUCUGCAUUCUUCUUCGUACAAAGUACUCUCAGAUGCUAAUUUAGUUUGUAAAAAUAUUCCAGUUUCUUUAAAAGUCAAUGUAUUUUCUUAAAUACUUUACAUAUAUGUUACAUAGCAUAACCUAACUAACCAGUGACUUAU